CCUAGAAGAAUGGGGAGAGGGAAGAUUGCGAUUAAGAGGAUUGACAAUUCAACAAACAGGCAAGUCACUUUCUCGAAGAGAAGAAGUGGUUUGCUCAAGAAAGCCAAGGAGCUUGCCAUCCUCUGUGACGCUCAAGUUGGGGUCACUGUCUUCUCUAGCACCGGCAAGCUAAUAUGGAAGCUCCAGUAUGACAGCAUGAAGUCAAUUAUUGACCGCUACAAUAAACAAAAAGAUCAGGAACACCAUCUGCUUAUGAAUCCAGCUUCAGGAGCUAAGUUUUGGCAGAGAGAAGCAACGGUCUUGAGACAACAGCUGCAACACUUGCAGGAAUUGCACAGGCAAUUCAUGGGUGAACAACUUUCUGGUUUGGAAAUUGACGAAUUGAAAAGUUUGGAAAAUCAACUGGAGAUGAGUUUGAAAAAUGUUCAGACCAAGAAGGAUCAAAUUUUGACAGAUGAGAUUAAAGAGUUACAACACAAGGUAUAUAUAUUCAAGAAUUCUGUUUCUGAUCUUGCCAUGUGA